AUGGUAAUCGAGGGUGCGGCGGCUGAUCCCAAGAUUGCGGGGAACUCGGAGUUUCCAGUGAAUAAGGGUGCGCUGUGCAUCAAGGGGUGGACUGCCGCGGGGACGCUGAAUCAUCCGGAGCGGCUGCGGUCUCCGUUGAUGCGCGAUGCUGACGGUAGGCUGGCGCCGGUGAGCUGGGAUGCGGCGAUGACACGCAUCGUAAGCGAGUUCAAGCGCACUCAGGAGGACUAUGGCGCGGAUGCGGUUGGGGUGUUCGGGGGAGGGUCGCUGACAAACGAGAAGUCGUACCUGUUGGGCAAGUUCGCGCGGGUUGCGCUGGGCACAGCGAAUAUUGACUACAACGGACGCUUCUGCAUGUCCUCCGCGGCUGCUGCGAGCAUCAAGGCGUUCGGGAUUGACCGGGGUCUGCCGUUUCCGGUGGAGGACAUCGCGGGAUCGGAGGCGAUACUGCUGGUUGGGAGCAACGCAUCGGAGACGAUGCCACCGAUAAUGCAAUAUUUUGAUACGCAGCGGGCUAACGGCGGGAGGCUAAUUGUUGCGGACCCGCGGCUGACUACCACGGCUCAGAGGGCUGAUCUGCACUUGCGGCUUACGCCGGGAACGGACGCGGCACUUGCCAACGGCAUCAUGCACAUUCUGGUGCGGGACGGUCUGAUAGACACGGAUUAUAUCGAGGCGCACACGGAGGGGUUCGCCUCAGUGCGCGCGACGGUUUCUACAUAUUGGCCGGAGCGGGUGGAGCGGAUCACGGGCGUGUCGGAGGCGAAUCUCAUACAGGCGGCACGCAUGCUGGGCGAGGCGCGGACGGCGAUAGUGCUGACGGCGCGGGGAGCUGAGCAGCAGGCUCAGGGCGUCAACAAUACGCUGUCGUUUAUCAAUAUCGCGCUGGCGCUGGGACUGGUGGGCAAGCCGAACAGCGGGUACGGCUGCCUGACAGGGCAGGGGAACGGACAGGGCGGCAGGGAGCACGGGCAGAAGGCCGACCAACUGCCGGGCUACCGCAAGAUUGACGAUCCUGCGGCACGUGAGCAUGUGGCAUCUGUCUGGGGAAUCGACCCGGAUACGCUGCCUGCUCCGGGCAAGUCUGCUUAUGAGUUGCUGGACUCGCUGGGUCAGGAAGGUGGGGUGCGAUCGCUGCUGGUGCUCGGCUCGAAUGUGGUUGUGUCCGCGCCGAAUGCGGUGCAUGUGGAGCGGAGGCUGCGGUCGCUGGACUUCCUGGUGGUGUCGGACUUCUUCCUGUCGGAGACUGCGGAACUGGCGGAUGUGGUUCUGCCGUCGGCGCAGUGGGCGGAGGAAGAUGGCACGAUGACGAACCUCGAAGGGCGCGUGAUUAUGCGGAAGUGGGCGUUUGAGCCGCCGGACGGAAUUCGGGACGACAUGCAGGUGAUAUGCGAGCUUGCGGAGCGUCUGGGCAAGGGCGAACACUUCAGCUACGGGAGCACGGAGGAAGUAUUCAAGGAGCUUGGACGUGCGAGCGCGGGGGGACCCGCGGACUACUCGGGCAUUUCCUACGCGAAGAUUGAGGCGAAUGAUGGGGUGUUUUGGCCGUGUCCUGACGAGGGGCAUGCGGGGACGCCUCGUAUGUUCACGCAGGGGUUUGCGACUGCAAACGGCAAGGCGCAAUUCCAUGCGGUGCGGCAUCAGCAGCCUGCCGAUCCGCCGAACUCGAAGUUCCCGCUGUAUCUGACGACGGGCAGGCUUAUGGCGCAGUACCAGUCCGGUACGCAGACGCGGCGGGUGGCGGAACUGGUGGAAAUGUCCCCUGAGGCGACUGUUGAGGUGCAUCCGACCACGGCACGGCUGUACGGGCUGUUGAAUGGCGGCAGGUCUCGCAUCAGCACGCGGCGAGGUGAUGCUGAGUUCAAGGUUAGCGUUACGGCGAACAUUCGGGAGGAUACGCUGUUCGUGCCGUUCCACUGGGGCGGGAUUCGUGCUGCGAAUCGGCUGACGAACGCGACGUUGGAUCCGACGAGCAGGAUGCCGAAGUUCAAGGUCUGUGGGGCGAUGAUAGAGGCGAUGGGCUGA